GUUGGUUCUCGUUUCCAACUUCACAAAUCACAAGUCGGCAGUUUUUAGACAAAUCACCGUGAAAUUCUCCCUAAACCAACUCAACCCCAGCCGUCAACCAAUUCUGUUCUUUUCCCAACCCAUUAAACCAAAACCGAAUCUCUCAGCCUCAGGACUCACUUCUCUACCUGUUUCUUUCCUCGUCUCUGUUUCUGUUGCAUUUUCGUCACCGCCUGAAUUGGCCGCCUGUUGAAAUUUUCCGGCCAAAUUCUUGGUCGGGAAGCCUAAGGCCUGGGGAGGGGAGGGCUUAGCUGGCCUUGGGUUCUGAGUAAAUGUUCUAAAUGGGGUGCUUUAGUUCUAAAGGGAAGCGGCGGCAGUUUCCAGGACACGAGGAUCCUGUCUCCCUCGCUUCACAAACAGCAUUUACUGUUAGUGAAGUUGAAGCACUCUUUGAGCUAUAUAAGAGUAUCAGCAGUUCUGUGGUUGAUGAUGGGUUGAUAAAUAAGGAAGAGUUCCAGUUAGCCAUUUUCAAGAAUAGAAAGAAAGAGAAUUUGUUUGCAAAUCGGAUAUUUGAUCUGUUUGAUGUGAAGAAGAAGGGUGUCAUUGAUUUCAGUGACUUUGUUAGAUCACUGACUGUCUUCCAUCCCAAUGCUCCUCAAGAAGACAAGAUUGAUUUUUCAUUUAAGCUCUAUGAUUUGGAUAGCACGGGCUUUAUUGAGCGCCAAGAGGUCAAGCAAAUGUUAAUUGCACUUCUUUGCGAAUCUGAAAUGAAACUGGCAGAUGACACCAUCGAGUUAAUUCUUGAUAAGACUUUCACUGAAGCUGAUGUCAACCAAGAUGGGAAAAUAGACUUAUCUGAGUGGAACAAUUUCGUUUCAAAGAAUCCAUCAUUGUUAAAGAUCAUGACCCUCCCCUACCUUAGGGAUAUUACCACCACAUUUCCAAGUUUUGUAUUUAAUUCUGAGGUUGAUGAGAUUGCUACGUGAGACAGAAUAGCUUAGAUUAUGCAGGUAGAGUUCCUUUGUCAGGUGCUUGUAGUUUUUCCGAAACCAACAAGUCA